CGGAUGCAUCUGUACCCAGCUGCUUGUUUCCUCAUCGAAGUCCUGGAGAAGAGAAAGAACCCGCGCUCAGAUUUUGGGGGCUUUUCAAGCGCACAAGGAGCCCAGCCUCAGGCAGCCUUGGGUCCCGACACGCCCUUUCAUACUAAGAAUUCAGGGGCCAGAAGAGGCCAUCUCCUGCGGCCCUGGGGCGGGGCCAGCCCCACCCCCGAGAAGCAAGAAGGGCAAGAAAUGUGACCUUGGCGACCCCAAAAGCCCCCGCCUCUCUUGCUCACUGCUGCACCUGCCCGCCGGGCGCGCCGAACCGCCGGCAGAGGCGAUGGCUAGCUCGGCGCCCUUUGUGGCCUCCAUCAGCCACCAAAUGGUGGCUCUGCAGACUCUGCAGCUGCUGCAGCAGGAGUGGGGCUGGGGGGACGGCCCGGGCGACCCGGGGAACCCGCACGAUUCAGAUCACGUGUCCGCCGCCCCAGGGCAUCGCACAGGCCCGCGGCGGGCCGGGCGGGGGCCUGGGCGCCAAGACGGGGGCGGGGCGCGGGGGGUCAGGAAUGGCGGGUCUGGGGCUCGGGCAAGCUCCCCAGAAGUGGAAGUGGUGCGAGGCGCCGAGGGGGGCGCGGAGCUGCUGUCCUUCCCCCGGGGUCGGGGGUCCCGCACCCUGGCCCAGAUGGCGAUGCGCAGUGCGCUGGCCCGCGUGGUGGACUCGACUUCGGAGCUGGUCAGCGUGGAGCAGACGCUGCUGGGCCCCCUCCAGCAGGAGAGGUCCUUCCCCAUCCAUCUGAAGGAUAGUGUUGAGUUUAGAAACAUCUGCAGUCAUUUGGCUCUACAAAUUCAAGGACAACAGUUUGACAGAGAUUUGAACGCUGCCCACCAGUGUUUGAAGACAAUAGUCAAGAAGUUGAUUCAGUCACUUGCUAAUCUUCCUUCAGACGCCCACGUGGUAGCCUGUGCUUCUUUGAGACAGAUCUUACAGAAUCUCCCAGACAUAUGAAGGCCCAAGGCACCAGAAUUAAAACCCAGAUGGUACUGCUAGGUGAACUGGGUAGCUUAUGUUCUUAAUUGAAUCAGCAGACAAUAGAUGCUUUUACCCCAGUAAGGAGAGACUUGAUGACAUAUACACAAGGCUGACCAAUGGCAUCUGUACCCUUUAGAUAACAGCAUGUUGGUGAAAAUUUUUUAAAGCAGUAGUUUACAUUUUUAAUAUGUUGACAUAUUUGCUUACUUUUUGAUUGAAAUAUAUUCUACUUUGUGGAACUGAUUGGAUUAUAUAUGUAUAUAUUUACUAAUUCAUAUUAAGUAUUAGUUUUGAUCAAAUGAUACAUUUACCUAUACUUAUAUUAAUGUAGGACUAUGAGGUUUAAUAUGGUUAUAUAAUAUGGUUAUUUAUAUAUGGUUAUAUGAUUAAAGCCUCAUGGUUCUUAAAAUUAUCUUGAAUAAAUAGGGUAUUUGAUAAUUGAUAUGUUUUCCGUACUGAGCACUUCAUUUUAUGUUAUGAAAAUGAUCUUUAGAUGUUGUAGGACCACAUGUGUCAGUAAUUAUGAGUUCCAAUCCUGGCAUUAAUAACUUACUGUUGGACAGGAAAAUAGUUGCUUCUAAUCCUUGUGCUUUCAUACACUGAUUUGUAAAUUUACAAUGAUAAUGAGCUAUGAAGUACCAAGGAUAUAUGAUAUGUAAACACAAAGUACAGUAUUA